AUUCGUGCGAGAACAAACCUUAUCUCCCUCUCUCUCUUCCUGACCCGCCGACAUUGGAGGAGCCUCCUCUGCGCCUCCCGAUUCGCCGCCGCCGCCUCCACCGCGCCGGUGAGCCCCACCGGCGAGGUCAUCUCCUUCCUCACGAUUCUCUCACCAGCCCAUAGCUGGUCUGGCCGGAUUCGUUUCAUCCAUGGCGUCCGCCGCUGCCGCCGCCACCUCCUCGUCGGCGUCCCUCCGCCUCCUCGCCAAGCCCCCCAAGCCCCUCCUCUCCAAGCCCCACCUCCUCACGCUCUGCGCUCCGGUGUCCUUCCAGCGCCUCGUCGCCCGGUCCAGCGCGUCCCCGACCCCCUCCGCCGCCGCCUCGGCCUCGACCUCGGCCUCCGGGGUCGAUCCGGCGCGGCUCCCCCCGGCGCUGCGCGACAUCGUGGCGCUCUUCCAGUCCGUGCCCGACCCGCGCACCCGGUACAAGCAGCUCCUCGCCUACGCCGCGCGGCUGCCGCCCAUGGACCCGGCGCUCAAGACCGACGCCAACCGCGUCCGCGGGUGCGUCUCCCAGGUCUGGGUCCACGCCGCGCCGGAGGAGGGCGCGCCGGACAGGGUCAGCUUCCAGGCCGACUCCGACGCGCAGCUCACCAAGGGCCUCGCCGCGCUGCUCGUGCUCGGCCUCUCUGGCGCGCCGGCGCGGGAUGUUGCCAUGGUGCCCAUCGAAUUCAUCGAGCUGCUUGGGAUCAGGCAGAGCCUAUCACCAUCCCGGAACAGUGGUCUGCUCAACAUGCUCAGCCUCAUGAAGCGCAAGGCUCUGGAGGUUGCCACCGGUGAAGCAUCUACUGAGGAAUUUGGCAACCAAGAAGUGGCCCAAGAGGUUGCUAAACCACCUGCAGAGAAGGAACCUGAGUUUGCGGCUUUUGGUGUGCGUGAAGAAGAGGCCUCAGAGGUGCAUAGCCAUGAGGACGAGGAACAACUGGAGGAGGUGCCUGCUGAAGCUAUGGAAGGCAAUGGUGGAUUGGGAGGUGGAAGGCAGGAGAGGAUAAGGGAGAGUCUUGAGCGGGGGCUUUCACCAGUGCAGCUUGAGAUUGAGGACAUAUCACACCUCCAUAAGGGUCAUGCUGGGGUAUCAGGGAGCAAUGGCGAGACACAUUUCAAUGUUCGGGUGGUUUCAGAUUUGUUUCAGGGGAAGAGCCUGCUCAAGAGGCAUAGGGCUGUGUAUGAUCUCCUGCAAGACGAGCUCAAGAGUGGGUUGCACGCUCUGUCCAUCGAUGCAAAGACACCAUCUGAAGUCUAGUUUUCUGUAUGCUGCAAGUUCUAUGUUCUUCAUUGAUUCAAGCAGGUUGAAAUGCUUGGAUCAAAGUUCUCUGCCAAAUUUGGGUAUCUUCACUGAUAGUGUCAUCAAAUAUACCUUGUUUGCUCUAAUUUUUAUAUGUAAAUUGUAAAAUUUUGCUCAUAUCUUUUAUUUGUGCAUCCGUUACUGACAAAUCUAAGUCAUUUCCUUAAGUAUAUAAUCAAUUGUGAUCAUCUACGAGAUUCAU